GUGUUCCGCCAGGUCCUGCCUAUGGGAAGCUGAAAAAUGGAAUUUCUGUUGUUCUGGAAAAUGGGGUUACAAUUUCUCCCCAAGAUGUCUUAAAAAAGCCUAUUGUUGGAAGAAAAAUCUGCAUAUUGGGUGAUUGUUCUGGGAUUGUGGGUGAUGGAGGAGUGAAGUUGUGCUUUGAAGCAGACCUGUUGAUCCAUGAAGCGACCCUGGAUGAUGCCCAGAUGGACAAAGCAAAGGAGCACGGCCAUAGCACGCCACAGAUGGCAGCAACGUUUGCAAAGUUGUGCCAUGCAAAGAGGCUGGUUCUGACUCACUUCAGUCAGAGGUACAAACCAGUUGCCUUGGCCAGAGAAGGAGAAACAGAUGGCACUGCAGAACUAAAAAAGCAAGCUGAAUCAGUGUUAGAUCUCCAAGAAGUGACUCUAGCAGAAGAUUUUAUGGUAAUUGGCAUUCCGAUCAAGAAAUGAAACCAGUGUUCCUGAAUGCA